UAGUGGCAGCCAUCCCCUCCGACUCCGAUUGUCUUAUGAUUUGUUUGGGAGUGGUGAAAGAUGAAGUAAGAAGCUCUACAUAAGGAAAUGGGACUUAUGAUAAAUGCCAAACAAUGCGUUCGUGUUACUUCCAUGCGGAACCAAAGAAAAUUCAAAGAACAACGACAACGAAAGUCAUACUGUGUGGUGACCAACAAGUUCAGAGAAUCAGAAAUGGAUUCUGUUCAAUUCCUUCUUCCUCUGUUUCUUCUCUCGCUUGCAUUUCCUUGCCUGCAAUUUGUUCGAGGAAAUGAGGAACUCAGAGCUUUGAUGGAGUUGAAGUCGUCUCUGGAUCCAGAGGGCAAGGUCCUUGGUUCUUGGACCAGUGGUGGUGAUCCAUGUAGUGGUUCGUUUCAAGGGAUCUUAUGCAAUGAACACAGGAAAGUGGCCAACAUUUCAUUGCAGGGAAAGGAGCUCUCGGGAUGGCUAUCUCCAGCAGUGGCUGAACUCAAAUGUUUGUCUGGUUUAUUCCUGCACUACAACAAUCUCUCAAGGGAGAUCCCCAGAGAGAUUUCAAAUCUCACUGAUUUGGGUGAACUCUAUCUCGACUUCAAUAAUCUAACUGGAAACAUCCCUCCUGAGCUCGGCAACAUGCCUAAUCUCCAAGUGCUGCAGUUAGGAUAUAACCAGCUCGUGGGAGCUAUACCGAAUGAGAUGGGCUCAUUGAAGCAGCUUACAGUCCUAGAUUUGCAAUGCAACAAAUUAACUGGUAAAAUUCCUCUUAGCUUGGGGAAUUUGGAGAAGCUAAGGUUGCUAAAUUUGAGCUUUAACAACCUGAAUGGUUCAAUCCCUGCAACACUUGCUGAUCUUGCAAAUUUACGAGAUCUUGAUAUCCGAAACAAUUCUCUAUCAGGAAGAGUUCCUUCUGCUUUGAAGACAUUGGGGGAUGGAUUCCAAGGCGCAAAUAACUUGGAUUUAUGUGGACUUGGGUUUUCUACUUUGAAAGCUUGCAGCAAUGAUCCAACUUUAGACCCUAGCCAGAUUGACAUCUCAAAUCCAGCAACAGAAGGUCUUCAUCCAAAGGACUUUCCCGAACCUGCAAAUUUUCACUUGCAUUGUAGCCAGACCCAUUGCUCAAAAUCAAGAAUGUUUCCUCAAGCACUCAUUGCAGCAAGUGUUUUAACUAUCAUAAUCACGUUCAUAUGCGUUGGACUUUUCACUUUUCUCAGAUACCGCCGCCAAAAGCAAAGAAUUAGAAAUUCAUCAGAAUCUUCUGAAGGGAAACUUAGUCCUGAUCCGCCUAAAGAAUUGUACAAAAGAAGUCUAUCACCACUCGUUAAUCUUAACUACUAUAAUGGAUGGGAUCCGAUGACUGAUGACCAAAAUGGGACCAGAUUAUCCCAUGAGUAUCUAAACAGAUAUAGGUUUAAUGUGGAUGAGAUUGAAUCUGCUACACAGUACUUCUCUGAGGCUAACUUAUUAAGCAAGAGCAAAUUAUCAGCAGUCUAUAAAGGAAUACUCAGGGAUGGUUCCCUUGUGGCUAUAAGAAGCAUUAAUGUGACAUGCUGCAAGACUGAGGAAGCUGAGUUUGUAAAUGGGUUGAACUUAGUACUUUCAUUGAGACAUGAAAACUUGGUUAGGCUCAGAGGUUUCUGUUGCUCGGCAAGCAGAGGUGAAUGUUUCCUUGUCUAUGACUUUGCCCCUAAGGGUGACCUGUCUCAAUACCUUGACGCGGAAGAUGGAAGUGGUCAUGUUCUUGACUGGUCCAAGAGGGUUUCUAUCAUCAAGGGCAUCGCAAAAGGUAUUGGAUAUCUACACAGUAAUGAAACAAACAAUCCCACAAUAAUACACCAAAAUAUAUCAGUUGAAAAGGUUGUCCUUGACCUUCAAUUCAACCCCUUGAUCAUGGAUGCUGGCCUCCCAAAGCUUCUUGCAGACGAUGCUGUUUUCUCAGCUCUGAAAGUAAGUGCAGCCAUGGGAUACCUAGCUCCUGAGUACAUUACCACUGGGAGAUUCACUGAGAAAAGUGACAUAUAUGCAUUUGGGGUUAUAAUUCUUCAAGUAGUUUCUGGGAAAACUGUUGUGGGUAGUUCAAUCAGGAUGGCUGUUGAGUCUUUCAGAUUUGAAGAUUUUGUUGACACGAAUCUCAAGGGACGAUUUACUAAAUCUGAAGCAGCAAUGCUUGCCAGGUUGGCAGUGAUGUGUACUCAUGAGCUUCCUGAUCAGAGGCCAACCAUGGUGGAAGUGAUUCAGGAGCUGAAUGGAUUUCCUGCACAACAUGCUUCUUGAUCCAUAUAUAUUGCUUACUAGGGGAAGUAAGAGACGUUGAAACAUCUUCCAAAUAAAUGUAAAGUUAAAUGGAAUUCCCUUGUUUAAUACCCAUGGCUUAGCAUCUACAUCA